UGGCAGCACAGAGGAUGCUUACGGCAGUCAUCAUUCAGAUAUAACAUAUGGAACCAUUGACUUGACAGCAUCAGUGGGAAAAACUUUAUCUGACACAUUUAGUGUAAUUUAGUAUAAUAAUUAGUUAAAAAAUAAUUUAGCUGUCCUUGGGAAACAAAAAAGACUUUCAGACGCUGCACGAACUCCUCGGGUAGAAGGCAUGUGGAGUUACGUUCUCACCUGUUUGCUUGUCCUCGCCAAAGAUGCUGUUGCGCUCAGCAAGGUGUUUGGUGAGGUGGAGCCUGUGCGGAUGACGUCCGAGGGCUCCGACUGCCGCUGCAAGUGCGUGAUGCGCCCGCUGAGCGUGGAGGCGUGCGCCCGGCUGCGGGAGGGCGGCGGUAGCGGGCGGCCGGAGGACUUCUACGCCGUGGAGACGGUCAGCUCGGGCUCCGACUGCAAGUGCUCGUGCACGGCGCCGCCCUCCUCGCUCAACCCCUGCGAGAACGAGUGGCGCACGGAGAAGCUGAAGAAACAAGCGCCGGAGCUGCUCAAGCUUCACUCGAUGGUGGAUCUCCUGGAGGGAACGUUGUACAGUAUGGAUCUCCUGAAGGUUCAUGCUUACAUGAACAAGGUGGUGGCACAGAUGAACAACCUGGAAGAGACCAUCAAAACCAACCUGAGCAGAGAGAAUGAGGUUGUGAAGGACAGCAUAGUCACCCUUAGCAACCAGCUGAAGCGCUACGAGAACUACUCAGACAUCAUGAGCAGCAUCAAGAAGGAGAUCUCCAACCUGGGCCUGCAGCUCCUGCAGAAAGACGCAGCUCCUGAGAAGGCACAGGACACAGAGACCAAAACGCAGGCAAAGAUCAAGGAGACAGUGAAAGCCAUCAAUAAGAAGGGCCCUGCAUCCAAACCCCCUCCCAAGCCUCCCAAAGACAAACCCGUCAAGCCCAAGAAGGAGGCCCUGAAAGCAGCCAAGCCGGUAAAGCCUGACCCCACUGUCAAGACCAAGCCCCUGGGUCUCCAGCCUGGGGUGAUCCGGGGUAUCACCUAUUACAAGGCAGCCAGGACGGAGGACAAAGAAUCAUCUAACACACAAGGAAAAGCUGACAGAGAGAGCUCAGCCAAGACCCACACGGCUCACCACACACAAGGCAGCAAGGAGGGAUCCGAAGUUGUCCUGGAGACCAUGGAAGCCGUGUCCACCACGGCUGUUCCAACCACAACAACGACAGCAUCCACAACGACUACAACAACAACAACAACAACUUCAGCCACAACCUCUUCAACCAGUAGCCCCACGACCACCACUACCACCACCGUUGCUACGACAACCCCUGUGGAACACCCACAGAUGGACGUUGAUGCCCUCCCAGUCACCACCACCGCCCCAAUACCUGACUCAACAGAUGAGCCACUGCUCCACAGACACGCAGCACCUACAGUUGCCUCAGAACGAGACGGCAAAGCUGACGGACAUCAUGUGGUCCCUAGUAAAUCAGAAAAGACCACAGAUUGUGAAGGCACGAUAGCCUCCAUAGAGCUGCCGGAGAGGCAUCACAGCUACGGCCGGAACGAGGGGGCGUGGAUGAAAGACCCGCUCGCCAGGGACGCCAAGAUCUACGUCACCAACUAUUACUAUGGCAACAACUUGGUGGAGUUCCGGAACCUGGAGAACUUCAAGCAAGGGCGUUGGAGUAACCUCUUCAAGCUGCCCUACAACUGGAUCGGCACAGGCCACGUGGUCUACGACGGCGCCUUCUACUACAACCGGGCCUUCACCAAGAACAUCAUCAAGUACGACCUGAGGCAGCGCUACGUGGCGGCCUGGACGCUGCUGCACGACGCCGUCUACGAGGACACCACGCCCUGGAAGUGGCGCGGACACUCCGACAUCGACUUUGCCGUGGACGAGAGCGGCCUGUGGGUCAUCUACCCGGCGCUGGACUACGAGUACGGCAGCCAGCACGAGGUCAUCGUCAUCAGCAAGCUGGAUCCGGGCGACCUGAGCAUGCGCAAGGAGACCACCUUCCGCACGGGCCUGCGCCGCAACUCCUACGGGAACUGCUUCCUGGUGUGCGGCGUGCUGUACGCUGUGGACGCCUACAACCAGCGCGAGGGGGAGGUGGCGUACGCCUUCGACACGCACACGGGCACCGAGGCCGCGCCGAGGCUGCCCUUCACCAACCUGUACGCCUUCACCACACAGGUGGACUAUAACCCUAAGGAGAAGGUCCUGUACGCAUGGGACAAUGGACAUCAGCUGACCUACACACUCCACUUUGUGGGACAGUGA